UGGUAAGUUAUACCAGCGUGUGUGCCUCAUUUUGUUUUUUAAAUACACUUUUAUUUUGUUGCCUUAGACGAACCCUCUCUUGGCUCUCAUUUAAUUGGCCGAAGGUUCUGUCGUCAUUUUACUGCGACGCACAAUAUUUUCACUUGGUUUUCCAUAUUGCUGUCAGAUCAAAUCUAGCGACAGUGGUGCGUGGAGGUCAUGUUAUGGUGUGCUUUUUUUGGGUUGACAUGUCUCAACUAUAUCCCACGAUCUUACUUUGUGUUUAUGGAUUCUUCUCUAAUCUCCGACCUUCUGAGCCUUUCUUAACUGCGUUUUUGAUGGGACCUGAUAAAAACCUUACUGAAACAGAGCUUGUAAAUGAAAUCUACCCAAUAUGGACCUAUUCCUACCUCGUGCUACUCUUCCCAGUUUUCCUGGCCACGGACUACCUGUGUUACAAGCCUGUGCUGAUCCUGCAGGCGGUGAGCUUGGUAGUGACCUACUUAAUGCUAGUGAAGGCCCAGGGCGUGCUGGCCAUGCAGCUUCUGGAGUUGUUCUUUGGCCUCGCCACUGCCACAGACAUAGCCUACUACUCUUACAUCUACAGUGUGGUGGAGCCGGCCCAGUACCAGAGAGUCACUGGUUACUGUCGUAGUAUUACGUUACUGGGCUCCGCUGCUGGCUCGCUGGCUGGGCAGCUGCUAGUGUCUGUGGCUCAGAUCCGGCUGCUCUACCUCUGUAUUAUCACAUUGGUGUCGGCCAUCUUGGCCUUCGUGGCGCCCUGGUUUUUGCCCAUGCCCAGUAGGAGUUUGUUCUUCCAUAAGCGCCAGGGGACAGAGGGGGAGAAGCUGGUGCAUCAGAACAGCAGGGUUCCCAUGGAUGAAGCAGAGGAUCCUGAGAGCAAAGUACCUCUGAAGAUUGAUGAGGUCACCAUGGUCGUGACGGCCAGUGAUGGGGGUGGAGCUAGCAGUGGCUUAGUGGACGUGUUAAGGAUCCUAUGGGAAGACUUCCUGCAGUGCUACUCAUGCCCUGCCCUCCUGGCUUGGUCGGUGUGGUGGGCCCUCUCUACGUGUGGCUACUUCCAGUUGGUCAACUAUGUUCAGGCCCUGUGGGAGAAAGUCCUGCCCUCCCAGGAGUUUGAGAUCUACAAUGGAUACGUGGAGACAGUCUCCACCUUGUUAGGUGCGUUAGCAGCCUUCGGGGUGGGCUCCAUCAAGGUCUCCUGGGCAGUCUGGGGAGAGCUGGCUCUCUGCAUCUUCUCAGUGGUCAUGGCUGUGGCUGUGUACCUCAUGGACACCAUCAGGAACAUCUGGGUGUGCUACACCUCCUAUGUGGUCUUCAGAGCCACCUAUAUGCUGCUGAUAACCAUCGCUACGUUUCAGAUUGCUGCCAACCUGAGUAUGCAGCGAUAUGCCUUAGUGUUUGGAGUGAACACUUUCAUUGCCCUGCUGCUUCAGACUCUGCUUACUGUUGUGGUAGUGGACUCUGUUGGGCUGGGCCUGGACAUUUUCCCACAGUUUCUCAUAUACGCCAGCUACUUCGCUGUGAUCGCAGUGAUCUUCCUCAUGGCCGGGCUGUACAAGCUGGUGUUGAGAAGAUCCCAGCCAGUGGCCCAGCCUCAGACUGAUAGUGGAGAGACUGAGUCAGACUGCCUUAGCAGAGACUCUCCUCCCCUCAACGAGCUGCAGCAGAACACAGGGACAUGACUACCUGUUUAUGGUGCAGUACUACAGAGGAACACGUCAGGACCGGUGUUGGACCCAAUUCCACUUAAACUCAGUCAAUUCAGGAUGAUUUGAAAUGGAAUUGACCCCAACCGGGGUCAUGACACCAUGCAAGUGUGUUGUACGCCUUCGCUUGCUCAAGCACAUGGUUCAUGGAUUGGGUGCAGGCAUAAAAACACUUGCAGAGUGUAACAUUUGAAUGUUUAUAUGAUAGCCUUAUGGGUUUAAUGAAAAUGUGUAGUUCGCCUAUAUUUAGGCUUUGUUUGAAUUC